AUGAACAUAAGCCCUCCACCCCAGCAACCAUUUCAACAACCGCUGGCCCAGCCGCAACCGCAGAUGCAGGGGAUGCCUGUCCAGGCGACAUCCAUGCAGGCGACGGCGAUGCAGGCGACGGCGAUGCAGGCGACGUCGAUGCAGGCGACGGCAAUGCAGGCGACGGCAAUGCAGGCGAUGCCAAUGCAAGCGACGCCGAUGCAGGCGACGCAAAUGCCCUCUCAAGUGCCAAGCCAAGCUCCCAUGCAAGUGGAGUCGGGCGCGUGCGGGCCGUUCACGGUGGCGCAGUGGCAGGAGCUGGAGCAGCAGGCGCUCAUCUUCAAGUACCUCGUCGCGGGAGCCCCUGUUCCGCUGGAGCUCGUUUCGCGCGUGCGCCUGUCCAUGCCGCCGCUGCCGUUCGGGCUUCAGACGUUUCAUCCCAUGGGAGGCUUCAUGCCGUCGUUCUGGGGGCCGUCGAUGCAAGUGGAUCCGGAGCCAUUCAGGUGCCGCCGCACAGAUGGCAAGAAAUGGCGGUGCGCCCGCGAGGUGGUGGCGGAGCAGAAGUACUGCGAGCGCCACCUGCACCGUGGGCGCAACCGAGCGCGCAAGCUCAACGACAAGGCCACGCCCGGAACCUCCCUCGUGGCAGACGACGGGGAGACCACCCCCACAGCCACCACCGCCACCACCACCACUGCGACCACGGGCACUGGUGCCGCGGAUGGCUGUCUCACGAGCGACGGAGUGAGGGCCAUGGAGUCUGUGGAGGAUGGGCGGGGCGCCAGCACGGGUGUGAUGGAUGCCAGUGCAGGGGGAGGGGGGGUGGGGGCUAGUGGCGGGGCUGGCGGGGUUGCAGACAGGACAGGCAGUCCGUCGAGUGGUGAUAGCGGGGGUGACGCUCUGUCUGCGGAGUGUGCUGGAGAAGGGGAGAACGGCGCGUGUGGAAGGGCUGAGGGAGGGAGAGUGGAGGGGGGUGGUGGUGCGGAGAAGAGUGGGUUGGCGGGCGAGGAGAAUGGAAGGAGGGAGGGUGAGCCGUGUCAGGGGGUGGUGGCGGCACCAGCCUCUGCUGCUGGUGCGGCGUCUGAGCCUGCAGGUGCCGUCGGUGUGCCUGCAGCUGUGGUGUGUGUGUCCACCACAGAUGUGAUUUCCCCGGUGCCUUUACCCACAGGAGUGGUGUCUGUGGUGUCUGCACCCACUGGGGCAGCGGCAGGCGGGCACCCUCCUCCUCUUGCUCUCCCGCCCCCCGCGCAUGCUGUGGAGGGCCGCGCUCAGCAGGUGCCACAGCAGCAGCACCAGCAGCAGCAGCAAAGGCUGCCUGCUGGUUCCCCUCUGGCUGGGUCCCUGCCUGGAGUCGUUUCCGCGGUACAGCCAAGCCCGAAAUUUACCCAAUCUGGAAGUUCCACGCAACCCAACACACUCGCUUCUCCGCCUGCUGUCGGCCCUGCUGUUGUUGCUACUGUUGCUGGUGCAUCGCCAAAGCAGCAGGAAAUGGGGAGCACGCAGGGAUCCACCAAGACUAGUGGUGCUGCUGCUACCCUCAUGAAAGGGGACAAGCCAAUUGGUGCUGCUCCCAUGGAUGUAGAUGCGCAGAGGCAAGGGAACCAGGUUGUUGCCAGUGGAGUUGUUGUACCACAGGCGAGAUCCAAUGUGGGUGCAGGAAAGGAGGUGCAAGGGCCAACGAGUGUCAGUGGGGCCUGCAACGAGGAGGUUGUUAUUGUUGAUGGGAAGGACGCCUGCCGGUUGGUGCCUGGGGAAGGAGCGAAGAUGGGUCAACUCGCUCAAAUGCGGUCCCGAGCAUCGCCAAAUUGUGUGUUACCAUCUCCAUUCCAUGGUUCGGAUGGUGGCAGUGGCGCACAGAGCCCAGUGGACAUCUCUCCACUUGGGCCUGGAUCGCGUGUAUCGGAGGAUCUAGACCAGGAGUACCCCGUGAGGAAGGACGUUGACGUCACUCAAGCCAGCAAGUUCCGUCCACGGGUGAAGAAGCGGCUGUCAGCGGAGCGAUGGGAGGCGUGUCAAGACGAGUUCGGCCGGGUGUGGGCCAUUGAUGCUGCGCUCAAGCACAUACAGCGAGGGGGCGUGGAACCGAGCAUUCGGGGCGAGGUGUGGCCGUUCCUCCUGGGGCUCUACUCGCCCAACAGUACCCACGAGGAGCGGGACGCCAUGCGAGAAGCACGGCGUGAUUUCUAUGCGAGGUUGAAGCAGGAGUGCAACGAGGUGGAUCCGGUGGUGGGCAGUGGCGUGGUGGUGGACUUCCCUCGCGUGCUUGAGGACGGCUCCGACGUCCCCCUCCCCUCCUACUACAGCGGGCCCCACAUCGAAUGCCCCUCCUCCUCCACUCCCCCCCGCCCUGCUGCUAGUGGUGGUCUAGAGGUGAAUGGAGGAGGAGAAGGAGGAGCGGCAGGGCGGGGCGGUGGAGAGGGGCAGAGUGCGGUGCUGACGGAGCGGGAGAGGCUGGUGGGGCGGGUGGGGGAGGAGCGGGUGCGCAAGUGGCGCCUGGGGCUGCACCAAAUAGGCGUGGACGUGCAGAGGGCGGAUCGCACGCUCGUGUUCUACGAGGAGGAGGGCAACCGGUCACGCCUCAUGGAGGUUCUAGCUGUGUACUCGUGGUUCGACCCUGAUGUGGGGUACUGUCAAGGCAUGAGCGACCUCAUGUCGCCCUUCAUUGUCAUCUUCCCCAACAACGCCGAUGCCUUCUGGUGCUUCGAGCGCCUCCUGCGCCCCAUUAGGAGUGACUUCAUGGGAACAUCAGCCAGCAUAGGCGUGCAGAAGGAGAUUGACAACCUCAAGAACAUCACCCGCGUUCUCGACCCCGAGCUGUUCGCCCAUCUAGCCAGCAUAGGCGUGCAGAAGGAGAUUGACAACCUCAAGAACAUCACCCGCGUUCUCGAUCCCGAGCUCUUCACCCUUCUAGCCCGGAUGGCUGGUGCUGCGGCUGCAGUGGCGCGGGUUGUUGGGAGAGAGGAGGAGGGGCAGCAUGGGGGGAGAGGCAGACCAGGCACACGCUCCACUGCAGCUGCCUGGGCGAGUGUGGAAGCAGCAGUCACCUCAGGCGCCCUCACCGACACCAAAAGAAACUCCUCCUCUUCCAACCCUUCCUCCUCCGCUGCCCCCGCCACUGCCGCUGCCGGUGGCGGCAGUGCUGCUAAUUCCCGAGCCACCACCCCCUCACUCCCCGCUCACCGCCUCCCCUCCCGAAAGCACCACAGCGAGCGCAAAAUCCCUGCCGCCGCCACCACCAACCCCACCACAAGCAACAACACUCACAGCCAUGCCAUAGAGGCCCGCUCCCGCAGCUGGGCGGGAGUUGGGCCGUACAGGAAAGACGUGAUUCGUUACGUGACCCUAGAUGCCUCUGCGGGUAAGCUAGCUGCUAGCAAGAGCGCUAAGUACCUCUCCUCGCGGCGCUCUGCUGUGGCGCUCUGGCACAAGGCACAGAAGCUCGCAGGGCCCUCGGCGGGGGUGGCGGUGCCGUACGUGCGGAGGGAGGAGCAGGAGCGCAUGACGACCUUCUGUGUGCUGGCCAUUGUGCUUAAACUGAGGGACGAGUUUAUUGAUGACGCUACUGGCCUUGAUGAUGUGGUGGAUAGCUUCAAUGCAGCAGCAGGGUCGUGGGAUGUGAAGAAACUGUGUAAACGAGCAGUGGACCUCCACCGGCAGUACCUUGUUCUGAAACUGGCCGCGCAUGAGCUAGGCCGGACCCUCUGA